AUGGAAAUGCCACAAGGGUUUGAAGGGAGUGGAAAAGACCGAAAAGUGUGCAAAUUGAAGAAAUCAUUAUAUGGCCUAAAACAGUCUCCACGGGCCUGGUUUGAAAAAUUCACAAAGGCUGUUAAGAGGUUUGGUUUUACUCGGGGGCAGACUGAUCAUACAUUAUUCCUUAAAACCUCUGUAGGUAAGAUUACUAUUCUAAUUGUUUAUGUGGAUGAUAUUAUCAUUACUAGAGAUAGUUUUGAAGAAAUGAAGGCUGUUAAGAAGGUUCUUGCUUGGGAUUUUGAAUUGAAACACUUGGGGCAGUUGAGGUGUUUUCUUGGUAUGGAGAUUGCUAGGAGUAAAAAGGGAAUUUUAGUUUCACAAAGAAAAUAUGUGUUGGAUUUACUGAAGGAGAUAGGUAUGCUAGGUUGCAAGCCAAUUGAGACUCCCAUUAAACCAAAUAUGAAAUUUGAGAAAAUGAGUUGUGAUGUUCUGGUUGAUAAAGAUUUUAUGUCUUUGAAUAUUUUGAUCAAUUGCUUGUGUAAUAUUGAAAGGGGUUCUGAUGGUUUUGUGGUUUUUGGGGCGAUUUUGAUGUUGGGUUUUAGCCCAAAUAUUGUGACAUUUACUUGUUUGAUUAAAGGUCUGUGUGUAGAGAGAAAGAUUAUGGAAUCAAUGGAAUUGUUUAAGAAAAUGGUUGCUGUUGGUUGUAGGGCCGAUGUGAUCACUUGUGACACUUUGAUUGGUGGAUUGUGUAAAACAGGGAAGAUAAGUGUUGCCAUUAAGUUGCUUGAAGAGAUGGCUAAUGGGAAUAAAGAAUCUGGUGUUAUUUGUAGGCCAUAUGUUGUUGUUUAUAAUACUAUAAUUGAUGGUCUUUGUAAGGCUGGAUUGGUUGAGAAUGCUAGACAAUUGUUUUUGGAACAUAUGGUUCAAAGGGGUGUGGUUCCUGACAUUUAUACCUACACGGUGGAAAUGUUUAAUGCUCUAGUAAAUAAUAAGUUCACAGUUAGCAUUGAAGGUUUGAAUUUCCUCAUUGAUGGAUUUUGUAAAACAAAGAGGUUGGGAACUGCUUGGUACCUAUUUCAGAAAUUUUCCCUUCAUGGAAACCUGGUGCCAGAUGUUGUAACAUAUAACAUUUUAAUCGAUGGGCUAUGUAAAAAUGGACAACUAGAAAUGGCAAAUGAGUUGUUGUCAUAUAUGGAGGAAAAAGGUUCUGCUCCAAAUAAUCCUGCAAAAGUUCAUCCAGCUGCCCAAAUGCUCAAUAUUGGUUACGGUAAGCGGAAGUGCUUAGAAGAUGCUCUGAGAAGUGGGCAGUCUGCAGCUGUCAAGAAAUUAGAUUCCAGUAAGCAACCAGACCUGGAAUUGCUAGCACAGGUUUCUAUGGUAUCAAGACUUAAAAAAGAAAAUGUUGUUAAGCUUGUUAGUUAUUGCAUUGAUGGCCCUCUAUAUGUCCUUGUCAUCAAUUAA